AUUGUCAACACGCGCACGUUGUUUGUAUUUUUUGCUAUUUUCUGUAAUUUAAAUUAAAUAUGGGUAAAACAGACACUGAAAGUGGUGCCAAAGAUAAAUUACGCGUGAUGCAAUGUAAAUUUAAUCCGCUCUCUCGCUGUGACGGCUCUGUAAUGUACAGCCAAGGCGCUACAGUUGUCAUUGCCGCCGUGCUGGGUCCCAUCGAGGUGAAAACACAGAAUCUGAGCAUCGAGGGAAGCUACUUGGAGUGCAAUUAUCGCCCCAAGGCCGGCUUGCCACAGGUGAAGGAGCGCAUUCGCGAAGCGGCCAUAAAAGAUGUGUUGGAAUUGGCGCUGCUAAGCGAAACAUACCCCAGGUCGAAAAUGUCCGUACAGGUGCAGGAGCUAGAGGAUCGUGGAAGCAUAGACGCUUGUGCAUUGAAUGCAGCCUGCUUGGCCAUGUUAAUUGGUGGCCUACCGUUGAAGUACAGCUUUGCGGCGGUUCACUGCAUCAUCAAUGAGGAGGGCGAGUUUGUCUUGGAUCCGGAACAGAACGAAACGACACGGCAACAGGCCAGCUUCACAUUCGCCUUUGAUUCCGUUGAGGGAAAUCUGCUGUUGGUGCAAACAAAGGGCGCCUUUAAGAUUGCCCAGUUCAAUGAUAUCGAAUGUAUUUGCCGUGCUGCCAGUGCUGAAAUCUUCGAGUUCUAUCGCAGUAAUAUAGCCAAGUAUCAUGGCAGAAGUGCUGAAGAAUCUGCGACGACUAAGGAAAGCCGUGGGAUUCUGCCCAUGGAAACGUGAUGUCAAAUACUUGGGUUUAAAUAAAACUGUCUAAUCACAUUUAUUCAGUAA